CACUCCGACUCACUUCACCCGCAUCGUGGCCGCUUGCGUACUCUACUCUGACCGCAAUGGCAGAUAAGCAAGGCCACUGUGCUAUGCGCGGGUCCUGUGGGGCUACUGGCUUCAAGGAUCUCCCGUGUCCGUAUGACGGGCCAGCUGUCGAGCCUGAAGACGCAGCCGAGCGAGAGCUCCUUGUCAAUGUAUGCGGAGAAGAGUACGCACAGGGCCCCGUCUGCUGCACGGCCGAUCAACUGGAAGCUUUGCGCGAUAAUUUCGAGCCUAUUGAGGGCAUACUCUCGAGCUGCCCCGCCUGUCGGAACAACUUCCGCUCGUUCUUCUGCAAAUUUACCUGCUCUCCCGACCAGGGUACCUUCGUCAAUAUCACGUCCACACAGACGACGCGGACGUCUGAGACCGCUGUCAAGUCGCUCGACUUUUUCGUGGGGAAGGAGUUUGGGGAGGGGUUCUACGACAGCUGCAAGAAUGUGCAGUUCGACGCGGCGAACUCCUAUGCUAUGGACCUGAUAGGUGGUGGUGCCAAGAACUACUCUGCGUUUCUCAAGUUCAUGGGCGACGAGAAGCCGUUGGUUGGGAGCCCGUUUCAGAUGGAUUUCCCUCUCGAAACGAGCGGAGGCAUGGUGGCUUUGAACCCGAAGGCGAGAAAUUGUUACGACAGCGAGCUUUCCAGCCGGUGUCCUUGCAUAGACUGCCCCUCUGUGUGCGCCGUGCUCCCUGACAUCCCGGUCCAGCCAGUCUGUCACGUCGGCUUCUUAUCCUGUCUCUCGCUCAUCCUCGUCGUCACCUAUCUCAUCGCGUCUGUCGGGUUCUUUGGUGGAUACCUGCUGCAAACCACACUGCGCAAGCGGAGAGAACAGAUAUAUGAACGGAUGGCAUUGUCCGCAGAUACCGCAUCCAUGUCCUCUCCUCGGAUCCAGACCAGAGGGCUCGUGGGUGCUGCCUCGCUGGCCCAUUACGUGGAUGAUGACUCUACUGGCACACAAUUCGAAUCGCGGCAUCUGGGUCGUGGUGCAUCCUUAGUUGACCCCAUCGAAACAGUGCAGCCCCGACAUUAUGCUUUGAACAGCCUCCUUCGCCGAGGAUUCUAUCGGCUCGGGAUGAUGACAGCCUCUUCCCCGUGGCUGACCUUUGCGCUGGUGUUCUCCAUCAUGGGAUUUUUGAACCUAGGGUGGAGGUACUUUGACAUCGAGAAGGAUCCGGUGCGGCUCUGGGUUGCUCCCUCUUCUGAAAGCAGGCUACAGAAGGAGUACUUCGACGAGCACUUCGGACCGUUCUACCGACCGCAGCAGAUAUUCGUCACCGCCGCCGAACCCGGACCCGUGCUUUCCUGGAAGCAUCUGCAGUACUGGUUCGAAGUCGAGGAGGAGAUUCGCUCACUUCGAUCGCCAAAUGGCUAUGGGCUCACAGACGUGUGCUUCAAACCUGCCGGUCCGCGAGGCGCUUGUGUUGUUCAAUCAGUGGGCGGCUGGUUCGAGAACGAUUUGAGCAUGUACGACGAAACGACGUGGGGCGAACAUCUGGACACAUGCGCUCGACAGCCGGUCGAGUGCAGACCCGAUUACGAGCAACCACUUGCGCCUCAGUACGUGCUUGGUGGGGUUCCCACGGAUGAAGGCGGGUCGAAGGAUUACGUUUCAGCCGAGGCCAUGGUGAUCACGUAUGUCGUGAACGACUCCCUUGAUCCGGCGGUCAAGGCCAGGGCGAUGGAAUGGGAAGAGACCCUGAGGGAAUACCUGGUCGCGCUCAAGGAUCGAUCGGGUCCGCAGGCUGGACUCGAGAUAUCCUUCUCGACAGGAGUUUCGCUCGAAGAAGAGAUCAACAAGAGUGCUAACAUGGACGUCAGGAUCGUCGUUUUAUCCUAUCUUGCCAUGUUCUUCUACAUCUCGCUGACUCUCGGGAGCGGAUCGGCCAUCGCCAGUGAUGAUACUCUCGUCUCAUCCUUGGCCCAGUGGGCACACAACUUCCCUCGGUUGUUCAAGAAAUCCACCGGCCUUUCGUCGAGCGCCUCACUGGACUCGAGAACGACCCCGCACUGGUUCCCCCGGCUUCCUCGCUCGUUGUUCAUCAAUUCCAAAUUCCUGCUGGGAUUGUUUGGAAUUUCGUUGGUCAUUCUCUCCGUAUCCUCAUCUGUGGGACUCUUCUCUUUUUUGAAUGUCAAGGUCACACUGAUCAUUGCUGAAGUGAUACCGUUCCUUGUGCUGGCUGUUGGCGUGGACAAUGUGUUCAUUUUGGUGCAUGAACUGGACCGCCAAAACUUGCUGCACGGCCCCAACGCAACACCCGUCGCAGAUGCGCCAGGCUUCGCGACGCCCAUGUCUCCGAGUUCUCAUCGCUCGCCGUUCGACUCGACACAAGAUGAUGUGGACAUUGACGCGGCGUCGAUGCCGCUGUUUCUGUCUGCUGAAGAGCGCGUUGCUCGCACGCUCGCCAAGAUGGGGCCGUCGAUCCUGCUUAGCACGAUUACUGAGACAGUCGCGUUCGGCCUGGGCGCUCUCGUCCCUAUGCCUGCUGUCCGGAAUUUCGCGCUGUAUGCUGCAGGCAGCGUGUUCUUGAACGCGAUGCUCCAGGUCACGGUAUUCGUCAGUGCUCUCUCUCUCGAUCUCAGGCGAGUAGAAGCCAGCCGUGUCGACUGUUUCCCCUGUGUUCGACUGCCAUCCCGGAUAUCACUAUUGGAAGCUCCCGUUUACGGUGCCUCAUUGGGCCGGAUUGCCCGUUUCAUUCGUCGUCACUAUGCGCCGUUCAUUUUGAGACCCAUGGUCAAAGGCUGGGUCACAGUCAUCUUUGGAGGCAUCUUCGUCGCAUCAGUGAUAUCGAUUCAACACAUCAGAUUGGGUUUGGAUCAACGACUAGCCCUGCCCUCUGAAUCGUAUCUCGUCAACUACUUUGACGACAUGGACAAGUAUCUGGAUGUCGGACCACCAGUGUACUUCGUCUCGUCUGAUAUCGACGUUACGAAAAGACUGGGCCAACAAGCGCUCUGUGGCCGCUUUACGACUUGCGAAGUGAGGUCUGUUGCCAACACACUCGAAGGCGAACGCAAACGACCCCAGUCUUCCUUCAUCGCAGAGCCUUCUGCGUCGUGGAUCGACAACUUCUUCAGCUGGCUUGACCCGAAUGCCGAGGCGUGUUGCCGGGUCCGCAAAACCAAUCCGUCGGUGUUCUGCAGUGACCGGGAUCCGGCUCGAAUGUGCCGGCCCUGUUAUCAGGACCAACAGCCUCCUUGGAACAUCACCAUGGACGGUUUCCCCGAGAACCAAGAGUUCAUGCGAUAUAUGUCGCAGUGGCUCGUUUCUCCCACGACUGAAGAAUGCCCUUCUGGAGGACGAGCGUCGUUUGGCACUGCCGUUUCGAUCGAUGAGUCCGGGGACGGCAUUGCUGCAUCCCAUUUUCGGACAUUCCACACGCCGCUGAAGACACAGGAGGACUUUAUUGACGCCUUUGCUGCUGCCCAUCGUAUUGCAGACGAUCUCUCGCAACAGACGGGGGCCAAGGUGUUCCCGUACUCUCUCUUCUACGUCUUCUUUGAUCAGUACGGCCACAUCGCUGCGAUCACGCAGGAGAUCCUGGGCCUCGGUCUAUUGGCUGUGCUCCUCGUGACUGCUCUCAUGCUGGGCUCGUGGAGGACUGGCACGAUCGUCACGGGCGUCGUGGCCCUCACAGUUACGAACGUCAUGGGUGUGAUGUCUGUAUGGGACAUCCGGCUGAAUGCUAUCAGUCUCGUCAACCUCGUCAUCUCGCUGGGGAUUGCUGUCGAGUUUUGUGCACACAUCUCGCGUGCCUUUAUGAGCGCUGGAUCCGGCCUUCCGAUCGAUCACCCUGCCGGGCAGAAGGAGCGAGAUGAAAGGAUGUGGACUGCGCUUGUCGAUGUUGGGCCCUCCGUUCUGUCCGGUAUCACAUUCACCAAGCUUAUUGGCAUGUCUGUUCUGGCACUAACUCGUUCGCGUCUGCUCGAGAUUUACUACUUCCGAAUGUGGCUUACACUGAUUCUGUCCGGCGCGCUGCACGGCCUGGUCCUUCUUCCGGUCGUACUCAGUGUUGCUGGAGGGCCCGGAUUCCCUCAACAAGAGGCGGACGAGGAAUGGAUGUCGAACGCCAUCAGGAAUGACUAUGACUACGCACCAUUCCUUGCAGACGACGACUCCAUCGCCAGUGAUUAGAGUUGUCCCCGCACUCCCAUAUACCUCGGAGACGUAUUGUACUUAUCAUAAUAUCACACAGAUUGACUGUGCAUGCACAUAUUUCUGUGAGCUAUGUAGGAAGUUUAGAUGUUUUUGCCGCUUUGGCAGCUUCUCUCUUGCGUUUCAGCGCUUCCAGUUUAUUCUUCAUCACCACCACUUUCAUGUCAGCCUCUUCCUGCGCCCUCUCCUCCUCCAAUAAGCGAUCCAUGAUCAGUUCUCGCUCAUCCACUUCUCGCUGACGCCGUUUCUCCUCCUGCUCUGCAGCAUCGUCCAUCGGUUCUUCCUCUGCGUUUUGUGACGGGAGACCUUCGAGUGUGUCCACCAGCUGCGCCUCCGCCAUGACCGUCGCGUUGUCGUACGUCUCCAUGUGGUCCGGUACAUUCACGACUUCGCGUUGAAAUCGUUCCCAUUCAGCGUCGAGUGCAGGCGCAGCCGAAGCUGUUGGGAGAGCGGCAGGGAGUGGCUGUUGUUCAUCUUCGUCGUCCGACGGAGGCGCCGGCGCCGCGCGCGAUGGGUCCGAGAAAAAGUCGGCCGGGAACGAAUCGCCACCGGGACCUGCGUCGACCCGCUGGCGCUUCGACUCGGGCUGCUGAACAUCCUCCAUGUCCGCGUCCUCGGUGUCAUCCUCCUCCUGUCUCCGCUUGCCGCUGGCGAGCCGCCGCCGCCGCUCGUCUUCCUCCUGCUCUUCCUGCCUCACGCGCUCGGCCUCCCGGCGCCGCUCCUCCUCCCGCAGACGGGCGACGUUCGUGCGGUGCGCCUUGCUCCCGAGGUGCCCUUCCCAAGCCGAUGCGUGCUUGACGGGCCCACAUGCGAUGCACCUGAGCUGCCCGUUGGUAUUGUAGGAUGCAAGGGGGUGGGAAAUACGCGCUUCUUCGCGUUUGGCUUUGAGCAGGGCGCGGACGUCGGCCAUGGGCGUGGCUGGUUGUAGGGUAGGCAAAUAUCUGUAAAUACUGAUAGCCAGAAAUGUUUGGGGGCUGAUAAGAUAAGAUUAUUGCUCUCGAGUUUCAUGCGUGACAUAACGCUGUGACGGCCACCUACCUCCACACUCAAACAAGGAUGUCGAUAAGAGGCCGUUCAGGGUCGCCGUCCGCUAUGGACGUGGACAGCAAGCCCUCUUCUGAUGCCAAAGUCGUCAUAAUCAACAAUCUCAGCCGUAGCGUUGUCGAAACACACCUUAAAACGAUAUUCGGCUUUUAUGGUGACAUAGCCCAGAUUGACCUGCCGCUGUUUGGAAAAUCCGGCCAAAAUCGCGGUAAAGCAGCACUCGAAUACGCCGACGCACCCUCAGCCCAAAAAGCCGCGUCGCACAUGAACGGCGGCCAAAUCGACGGCGCAGUCAUCAAAGUAGAGCUCUCCGACCUCCCCAUCCGCACCCGGGGCCCGCCGCCUCCUCCCCCGCGCAACCGCUCCCGACCACCCCGCAGCACGCGCCCGCGGUCCUUCUCCCGGUCCCGGUCCCGCUCACGCACCCCGUCACGCUCUCGCUCGCCCCCGGGCGGCGGAUACCGGCGCCGUGGGCCUGGAGACUGGGAUCGCGAUAGACGGGACCGCGGGCGGGGAGGGUUCCGCCGCGGCGGCGGUCCCCCCGGUCGCGACUUCUACAGCAACAACCACAACAGCUACAACCGCCGGGGCCGUGCGUCGGACAGUCGCAGCCGCUCGCGCUCGCCCGUACGCCGGGGGCCGGACCGCGGGGGGCGCCGCCGGAGCCCGAGCUACUCGCGGGGCGGCUACGGGCGGAUGCACAACAGAUCGCGCUCGCGCAGCUACUCGGUGCGCUCGAGUCGGUCGCGCUCGCGCACGCGGUCGGUCUCGCGGUCGGUCUCGCGUUCACGCUCGCGGUCGUACUCGCGGUAUACGCGCAGCCGGAGCCGGAGCCGGACGCGGUCGCGCAGCGGUUCGCGUGACCGGUCGAGGGGACGCAGUCAGAGCAUGAGUGAUAUCAGAGACAGCAGGUCGCGGUCGCCGAGAAGAGACUAGCCUUGUUAUUAUUUCUUGUUCUUGGUCUGCUUGCUCAAAUUCCAGUGCUUGGUAGAUAAAAUGCCAAGUCAAUUCAAGCCUACGUCCAAGAGAUCGCAACUUUC